AGAAUUGAAAACUACUUCUCUUACUUUCUUUUCUGUCUCUUUGUCUGUCUUACUCUUCCAUUUAAUUUAUUUUUUGUAAUUAUUUUGAUUUCAAAUCUCAUUCAUCAAUCACAAUUUCUGGUUUUUGAUUCCAUUCUAAUUUCAAGAAUUGCACAACACUUCAAUUUCUUUCUUAUUCCAUCACUUUCUUGCUUGCUAAAUAAGGUAUGUAUAUCUCAGAAUUGAGUAAAUUUUGAUUCUUUUGCCAAUUCUUGAUCUGGGUAUUUCUAUAAAUUGAGUUUAAGACUAGACCCAGAAAAAAAAAAAUAUGGCUCCAAAUUCUGUAGUAGUAACAAUGGAGAAACCAAAUAAUUUCUCUAUACUACAAAUCAAUGCUUCAGAGUCCUGUUUGUUUCCCGAGAAAGAAAAAGCUACGAGUCCGAAGCAAUUCACUUGGUUUCUCCUCUUAAAAGCUUAUAAAUUUUUCGCCUGCAUUUCUUGGCUAGCAAGUUCUUUAAAAUCCAAACUCUUUUCGAUCAAGAAACGCGUUUCUUACUCCGAAAUACCGCAAGAUGAAGGAUUAGAGCCGCGGAAUAGAGGGAAAUUAUACAGGUUCAUCAAGGCAUUUCUUGUGAUAUCAAUUCUAGCUUUGGUUAUGGAAGUGAUUGCACAUUUCAAGAAAUGGAAUUUGAAUGUGUUAUCUCCGUGGGAGAUUCAAGGUCUGGUUCAUUGGUCUUAUAUGGCUUGGUUAUCGUUUCGAGCUGACUAUGUUGCUCCAUUGUUGAUCAUGCUUUCGAAAUUCUGUACUGUGCUUUUUUUCAUUCAGUCGCUUGAUCGGUUGGUGCUUUGUGUUGGGUGUUUUUGGAUUAAGUUCAAGAAGUUGAAACCGGAGAUUAAUGGCGAUGAGUAUGAUGUUGAAGAUGCUUCGAGUUUUCCGAUGGUUCUUGUUCAGAUUCCGAUGUGCAACGAGCGCGAGGUGUAUGCACAAUCUAUUGGUGCUGCUUGUCAGCUUGAUUGGCCAAAGGAUAGAAUAUUAAUUCAAGUACUGGAUGAUUCAAGUGAUGCAAAUGUUCAACUUUUAAUUAAAGAUGAAGUUUCUCAAUGGAGGCAAAAAGGAAUUAAUAUAAUCUACAGACAUAGAUUAAUCAGAACAGGAUACAAAGCAGGGAACCUUAAAUCUGCUAUGUCUUGUGAUUAUGUUCAAGAUUAUGAAUUCGUCGCGAUUUUUGAUGCGGAUUUUCAGCCUAAUCCUGAUUUUCUCUUGCAAACAGUUCCUCACUUCAGGGGGAAUCCUGAUGUAGGACUAGUUCAGGCGCGAUGGUCGUUCGUGAACAAGGACGAAAACUUGCUGGCAAGGCUACAAAAUGUGAAUCUGUGCUUCCAUUUUGAGGUGGAACAGCAAGUGAAUGGUUAUUUCUUGAAUUUUUUCGGGUUCAAUGGAACAGCCGGAGUGUGGAGAAUUAAGGCAUUAGAAGAUUCAGGAGGAUGGCUUGAAAGAACUACAGUUGAGGAUAUGGACAUUGCGGUUCGAGCACAUUUACAUGGUUGGAAAUUCGUAUAUCUUAAUGAUGUCAAAGUGCUUUGUGAGUUGCCGGAAUCUUACGAAGCGUACAAGAAACAGCAGCACCGGUGGCAUUCCGGUCCGAUGCAGCUCUUUCGUUUAUGCCUUCCUGCUAUUAUUUCAUCCAAGAUAUCAAAGUGGAAAAAGGCUAAUCUGAUAUUUCUAUUUUUUCUAUUAAGAAAAUUAAUUCUCCCUUUUUACUCAUUCACCUUAUUUUGUAUAAUACUUCCAUUAACCAUGUUCAUACCAGAAGCUGAAUUACCUCUUUGGGUAAUUUGCUACAUUCCCAUUUUCAUGUCCUUAUUAAACAUUCUCCCUGCCCCAAAAUCCUUCCCAUUUUUAGUCCCUUACUUACUCUUCGAAAACACCAUGUCCGUCACCAAGUUCAACGCCAUGGUUUCGGGUUUAUUUCAGCUUGGAAGUGCAUACGAAUGGGUAGUCACAAAGAAAACAGGAAGAUCGUCGGAAUCUGAUUUGUUAGCUUUCGCGGAGAGGGAAUCGAAAUCUUCGAACGAAGAGAAGAUUCUGAGAAGACAUUCGGAAUCCGGGUUGGAGUUGUUAGGGAAACUUAAGGAGCAAGAAAUAAAACCUAAGAUUAAGGUUAAGAGAAAUAGGGUUUAUAGGAAAGAACUUGCACUUGCAUUUCUUUUACUUACUGCAGCUGCAAGGAGCUUGUUGUCUGCUCAUGGAGUUCAUUUCUAUUUCUUGAUGUUUCAAGGUUUGUCUUUUCUAGUUGUUGGGUUGGAUUUGAUUGGUGAGCAAGUAAGCUGAGAAGAAAAUUAUUGGUAA